AUGUUUAAAUCACUGACAAAAGUCAACAAGGUGAAGCCUAUAGGAGAGAACAAUGAGAAUGAACAAAGUUCUCAUCGGAAUGAAGAAGGCUGUCAUCCAAGUAAUCAGUCUCAGCAAACCACAGCACAGGAAGAAAACAAAGAUGAAGAUAAAUCUCUCAAAACCAAGUCAACUCCAGUCACGUCUGAAGAGCCACACACCAACAUACAAGACAAACUCUCCAAGAAAAAUUCCUCUGGAGAUCUGACCACAAACCCUGACCCUCAAAAUGCAGCAGAACCAACUGGAACAGUGCCAGAGCAGAAGGAAGUGGACCCCGGGAAAGAAGGUCCAAACAGCCCACAAAACAAACCGCCUGCAGCUCCUGUUAUAAAUGAGUACGCUGAUACCCAGCUACACAACCUGGUGAAAAGAAUGCGUCAAAGAACAGCCCUCUACAAGAGAAAGUUGGUAGAGGGAGAUCUCUCCUCACCUGAAGCCAGCCCACAAACUGCAAAGCCCACGGCUGUACCACCAGUAAAAGAAAGUGAUGAUAAGCCAACAGAAGAACAUUACUACAGGCUGUUGUGUUUCAAAGUCAAGAAGAUGCCUUUAACAGAGUACUUAAAGCGACUUAAACUUCCAAACAGCAUAGAUUCAUACACAGAUCGACUCUAUCUCCUGUGGCUCUUGCUUGUCACCCUUGCCUAUAACUGGAACUGCUGGUUUAUACCACUGCGCCUCGUCUUCCCAUAUCAAACCCCGAACAACAUACACUACUGGCUUAUUGUGGACAUCAUAUGUGAUAUCAUCUACCUUUAUGAUAUGCUAUUUAUCCAGCCCAGACUCCAGUUUGUAAGAGGAGGAGACAUAAUAGUGGAUUCAAAUGAGCUAAGGAAACACUACAGGACUUCUACAAAAUUUCAGUUGGAUGUCGCAUCAAUAAUACCAUUUGAUAUUUGCUACAUCUUCUUUGGGUUUAAUCUAAUACUUAGAGCAAAUAGGAUGUUAAAGUACACUUCAUUUUUUGAAUUUAAUCAUCACCUAGAGUCUAUAAUGGACAAAGCAUAUAUCUACAGAGUUAUUCGAACAACUGGAUACUUGCUAUUUAUUCUGCAUAUUAAUGCCUGUGUUUAUUACUGGGCUUCAAACUAUGAAGGAAUUGGCACUACUAGAUGGGUGUAUGAUGGGGAAGGAAACGAGUAUCUGAGAUGUUAUUAUUGGGCAGUUCGAACUUUAAUUACCAUUGGUGGCCUUCCAGAACCACAAACUUUAUUUGAAAUUGUUUUCCAACUCUUGAAUUUUUUUUCUGGAGUUUUUGUGUUCUCCAGUUUAAUUGGUCAGAUGAGAGAUGUGAUUGGAGCAGCUACAGCCAAUCAGAACUACUUCCGCGCCUGCAUGGAUGAUACCAUUGCCUACAUGAACAAUUACUCCAUUCCUAAACUUGUGCAAAAGCGAGUUCGGACUUGGUAUGAAUAUACAUGGGACUCUCAACGAAUGCUAGAUGAGUCUGAUUUGCUUAAGACCCUGCCAACUACAGUCCAGUUAGCCCUCGCCAUCGAUGUGAACUUCAGCAUCAUCAGCAAAGUCGACUUGUUCAAGGGUUGUGAUACACAGAUGAUUUAUGACAUGUUGCUAAGAUUGAAAUCCAUUCUCUAUUUGCCUGGUGACUUUGUCUGCAAAAAGGGAGAAAUUGGCAAGGAAAUGUAUAUCAUCAAGCAUGGAGAAGUCCAAGUUCUUGGAGGCCCUGAUGGUACUAAAGUUCUGGUUACUCUGAAAGCUGGGUCAGUGUUUGGAGAAAUCAGCCUUCUAGCAGCAGGAGGAGGAAAUCGUCGAACUGCCAAUGUGGUGGCCCAUGGGUUUGCCAAUCUUUUAACUCUAGACAAAAAGACCCUCCAAGAAAUUCUAGUGCAUUACCCAGAUUCUGAAAGGAUCCUCAUGAAGAAAGCCAGAGUGCUUUUAAAGCAGAAGGCUAAGACUGCAGAAGCAACCCCUCCAAGAAAAGAUCUUGCCUUCCUCUUCCCACCGAAAGAAGAGACACCCAAACUGUUUAAAACUCUCCUAGGAGGCACAGGAAAAGCAAGUCUUGCAAGACUACUCAAAUUGAAGAGAGAACAAGCAGCUCAGAAAAAAGAAAAUUCUGAAGGAGGAGAGGUAGAAGGAAAAGAAAGUGAAGAUAAACAAAAAGAAAAUGAAGAUAAAGGAAAAGAAAAUGAAGGUAAAGAUAAAGGAAGAGAGCCAGAAGAGAAGCCACUGGACAGACCUGAAUGUACAGCAAGUCCUAUUGCAGUGGAGGAAGAGCCCCAGUCAGUUAGAAGGACAGUUUUACCCAGAGGGACUUCCCGUCAAUCACUCAUCAUCAGCAUGGCUCCUUCUGCUGAGGGCGGAGAAGAGGUUCUUACUAUUGAAGUCAAAGAAAAGGCUAAGCAAUAAAUAUUUGAUUAUCUUUAGAUGUGAUAUAGCUAGUUCCCAAAGUGAUCGUACCUAGGAUUGUAACUUAAAUGAGGGGAAACAACCUGCUGGGACCCUUGAGAAACGAUAAGCAAAUCCCUAGCU